AUGGCCGACUUUCCUGAAGACACUCUGUAUAAUAUCUUUUCAAGAAUUCCGAUCAAAUCUUUGGCUCGUUUUCGGUGUGUAUGCAAACAAUGGCGCGUAUACAUCAACGAUCCUCACCUUGCAAACAUUCAUCAUCAUGUCAAAGAAGAACCCAAACCCAUCCAUAUUGCUCCAAUUCAACGUACUGAUCAAUUCCAUCAACGAGCGUCUGAGCUCAGUCUUUUACGUGUUAUGGCAGACGGAGUACAGGUUAAUAAAGAUUUGUCCUCUAGAUUUCUAGUAAAAAGAAAUUCAAAACACAUGGAGGAUCAAAUACAAGGUUAUUGCCAUGGGCUCAUCACUUUAAUACGAAAAGAACACCGUCGUCGUAAACGUGGCACCACUUUUGUAGUGAUCAAUCCUCUAACUAAGGAUUGUCACGACUUGCCACGACUCAUCAAGAGGCCGUAUGAAAAAAUAUCAGGGCAAGGGCUCGGUUUUGAUAAUUCCGCCAACACCUUCAAGAUGGUUUGUGUUCUUGAUCAUACUAAAAAUGGAGCGAAAAUGCGCACUGUGCAGGUUCAUAAUUUGGGCACUGACUCGUGGCGCGAGAUACCCCAAGUGUCGUAUAAGUAUUAUUGCAUUGGUGUUAGAGCCGUCUAUGCUAAUGGACGUUUGCAUUGGUAUGCGUGUGGGGACCUAGGGGAGAAAGUAGUUUGGAUUGACAUGAAAAAAGAGGAAUACGGGUUGAGUGACCUUCCAAAACAAACAAGGGUUAGGUACUUCAUGAAGUUGGUUGAUCUUAAUGGAGAGGUCGGAUGCGUGUAUCUUAAGUAUGGGCCUAAUUAUGGUGGUGAUGAAGUGGUAGUGUGGAUACUGAAGCAUGAAGACCAAUGGAGCAAACACUGUGUCAUUAAGCUUCCUGAUUAUAAUGAUAAAGUGGAUGUUAUAGGUUGUUGGAACAAAGAAGGAGACAUAUUAAUCAAAAGAUUGCUGACAAAUGCUCUAAAAGGUCCGUCGCAAUUGGUUGUUUACAGACUGACAAAUGACAGUUUCCAUAGCCUGGCCGGUUUAGAAGAUGGUCCAGGUGAAGAAGCAAAUUAUUACAAUAUUCAAAUGUAUCAAAGCAGUUUGCUUUCUAUGCGUAAAUGGCAUUGA